CAACGUUUACCGACCGCCCGGUAUUAUUGUUUUGCGUUUUCCAUGCAUUGCGCGAUUUCACAAGGCAUUGAAUGACCAUGGAGUCAAAAGAUGAAGCAAUGUCCCAAGACAGCUCAGACAGUGAUGACUCAAUGCAAGAUGAUGCACAAGAGGAAGAGAUUUCGAAACUCAUGCAAGAGCUGGAGGCGUCGCCGUACAAUUAUGACUCGCACGUGCGUCUGCUCCACCUGCUGGGUACGGCCAACAGUCGUGAGAUGCUGCGAGAGGCCCGGGAAACCAUGAACAAAUACUUCCCGCUCUCCCCCGAUCUGUGGCUGAGCUGGAUCAAAGACGAGGAGAAGUCGAUGGAGACGGACGAGGAUCGCGAGCGGCUGCUGGCGCUCUGCGACCGAGCAGUUCGCGAGUACUCCAGUGUGGACCUGUGGCUGGAGUACUGUCAGCUGGCGAUCGGCGGUCUGGCCGCCGAGGACGGGCCGGUCCGCGUGCGCGCCUUGUUCGAGCGCGCGCUCAUCGCGGUCGGCCUGCACGUCACCAAGGGCACCCUCAUCUGGGAGGCGUACAGAGAGUUCGAGAAUGCCAUGUGCAGCGGCGUGCCGCCUGGCGAGGAGAGCGCGGCGGCGGCGGCGCGCGACCGGGUGACGGCGCUGUUCCGGCGCCAGCUGCGCGUGCCGCUACAGGGGCUCGAGCUCACCUGGGCCGAGUACGAGGCAUGGCUAGCCGCCGCUCCCACCGCCGCCCAGCCGGACGCCAACGACCGGCGCGAGUACGACAAGGCCUGCAAGCGGCUGGAGACGCUGCUGCCGUUCGAGGAGGCGCUGACGAGCGACGAGACUGGCGGCUCGGUGGCCGCCUACCAGCAGUACCUGAGCCACGAGCUGGCGCACGGCACACCGGCGCGCGUGCAGCACGUGCUGGAGCGCGCCGUGCUCGACAACUGCCUGGAGCUGGAGCUGUGGCAGGCGUACACGCGCUACCUGGACUUCGAGCUGCGGCCGGCCAGCGAGGUGACGCUGGCCGUCCACGAGCGGGCCGUGCGCCACCUGGCCUGGUCGGCCGAGCUCUGGGAGCACUACAUCCGUGCUGUCGAGCGGGCCGGCGCGCCCCUCCAGCGAGCAGAGGAGCUGGUGACGAGGGCGCUGUCCAGCGGGCUGCAGACGCCGGCCGACUACCAGCUGGUGUGGCUGACCUGGCUGGACCUGUACCGCCGCCGGCUCAGCCAGGACGGCACCAAGGGCGCCGAUCUCAUGGAGAAGAUGCGGGUCCAGUUCAACAAGGCGUGCGAGCACCUUGCGCAGACGUUCGGUCUGGAGGGCGACCCCGAGUGCACGCUGCUGCAGUACUGGGCCAGCCUGGAGGCGGCCAACGGCCUGCUGAGCGAGGCCGUCGCCCUCUGGAACGACAUCAUGAGCCAGGGACACGACAAGUCGGCCAGGAUGUGGCUCCAGUACCUGCGGCUCGUCCAGCGGUUCGGGACGCCGGAGCAGCUGCGCAAGCUGCUGGUGCGCGCGCUGGACCGCACCGUGGACUGGCCAGAGAGCGUGUACGAGCUGUGGGCGGCGUUCGAGCGCGAGCGGGGUACCCUGCAGACCUGGGACGAGAUGACCUACCGUUACCGUGUCCGUAUGAAUCGUAUCAAAGCCCUCCGAGCAAAGGAGGCGGAAAAAGAGAAGAUGGAGCUGGACAAAGCGGAAGCAAAGGUUGAAAAGAAGAAACAAAAGGAUAAAGAGUGGAGGAAAAAUAAACGGCAAGAAUUGAAAACCGCUAAAAGUGCUGCGAAGGAGCUUCCCGCGAAAACAGAAAACACCAGUCCACAAAAGAGGAAGCUGGAGGCGGAUGAUGAUGAGAUGCGGCCGGCGCCUGCCAAGAGGACCGACGCCAAUGGCGACCGGCCGGCCCCGCCGCCCGGCUUCAAGCCGCCUCCGCCGCCCGGCUUCAAGCCCCCUCCGCCGCCCGGCUUCAAACCGCCCCCGCCGCCCGGGUUUAAACCACCCCCACCGCCUGGCUUUAAACCGCCGCCGCCGCCGAGCGAGACGCGGGAGGACGAGCGGCGGGACCGACCGCCAAAAGGUGACGAGGGCGGCGGCACGGGCGACGUGGAGCGAGACUCGCGCACCGUGUUCCUCAGCAACCUGGACUUCGCCACGGACGAGGCGCGCCUGCGCAGUCACCUGGCCGACGUGGGAGACAUCACCGAUGUGCGCCUGGUCAAAGACUACAAGGGCCGCUCCAAGGGGUUCGCUUACCUCGAGUUCUCGACCAUUGCGGCGGCCGAGGUGGCGUUACAGCGCGACCGAGCUCCCAUCGACGGCCGGCCCUGCUUCGUGUCGCGGCUGCGGCGCGGCGCGCAGCAGCAGCCCCAGCAGGGCUUCAAAUACAACACCGGCCUGGAGCGUAACAAGCUGUUCGUUCGAGGCCUGCCGUUCAGCGCCACCGCAGACGACCUGCGGCAAAAGUUCUCCACAUUCGGCGAGCUGAAGGACGUGCGGCUGGUCACCUUCAGAAACGGCCACUCUAAGGGGCUGGCCUACAUCGAGUUCAACGAGGAGGCGGCCGCGGCCGAGGCGCUGCUCAAGACCGACAGCACCGUCAUGGACGGCAAGACCAUCAGCGUGGCCAUCAGCGAUCCUCCCAAGGCCAAGGGCCGGCCGACAGAGCAGCGCUCGCUGGGACCGGGCGGCCGCGGCGGCGCCAGUCGCGGACGGCUUCAGGUCGCCUUCGUGCCCCGAGCACUGCAGAAAAAGGAGGCGCCGGCCGAGUCGGCCGCGCCCCAGGCGCCGACGCCCAAGAGCAAUGCCGACUUCCGCGGUCUGCUCUUGUCCAAGAAGUAGGCGGUGGUCUGCCGUGACGGGGAGCUGUCUCACAAGUCUUUGCUCCCAUUUGCAUCGUAGCUGACAGUUGAUGUGCAGCCAAUACAGAGCGAUCGUUUGUA